AUGUCGGGCAUUACCAACCCGCAUCCCAGUCCCAAUGAAGAAUAUACAGAAUAUCCCCUACCAAUCAUCGUGACAGCCGAUCGACAGAGCCUCGAACGUGAAGCCACAGCAGACGCCCACCAAUAUGAUAUCGGCCUGGAGGGUCUCGAGCCUGGUCCAGAGCCUGUCCUGGACCCUGGCCUGCCAGAGCCCGAGCGGAACAGCCGCAUGCGACCUUCCCACCGCGUGCGAUUUCGUUCACUAAGCCUGCGUCGAAAUGAGCUGGCCGAAGACCCCUCAGCCCGUCCAUUGCUGCCACCCGCCGAUGUCGAUGUCCCGCUGACCGGCACCAUCACCCCGCCGGCCCCCGCACAUUCCCGCCAAGGCUCCGGUCUAUCCAACAUGCGCACGCCAGAAGAAUACGGGGAAACCGAAAAACAGGACUUCGCCCCGUCAAUGGACCGGACAACCUCUGCCAGGGAGCGAUUCAGGGCCGCUGGUCACAUGCUGCAUGAGAAAACAGCCCGAUUGACUGAACGCCUCGGUCGCCCACCCGAUGAAGGCGAGGCCCUGAAUGCAUCGUACAUUCCAGACGAUUUUGACAGCGGCAUCCCCCUGGAGGAACUACAAGCCCGUCGCGCAAAACAUGAUGCCGACCGGGCCCGCGCCCUCGAAAACGGGGAGGAUCUGAUCGAGCCCCCGGCCAGCGCCGAGGCUCAUCGCCUCGUCCGAAGCAUGACCAUGGUCCAGGACCAGUUGCGCAAGCGGAAGCCUCAGAGUGCCUACCAGCGCUCUGGUCAGACUACCCCCGAAGGCUUGAUUAAGGGUUUCGCGCAGCGCAGACGCUCGAGCGGUCUGAGUGGAGGUAGUGGCAUUCUGUCACAGUUGCUGAAGCUCCAGGCUACGCAGACAGGAAGCUCAUCGCGUGCCUCCAGUGUCAUCACUGAUGACUCGGACAGCGAGACUCAGGUGUCUUCGGGAACCAACACGCCCAGGAAGGGCUCCCUGUCACCCCUUAUCACUCCAUCUGCACCGACCUCUGGCUCUGCUACGCCGCGCAAGGAAAAGCUCAAAUGGUACAAGAAGCCCAACCACCAUUCUACGGCGUCGCUUGUCAAUGCCUCUAUGAACCUCAGCAGUGCCAGUUUGCCGGGCGCAGUGGACGCCGCAGCAGGCCUGCCGAGCAAGCGCAAGAAGAACAAGCGCAAGACUCGCCUUGAAGAUGAGAUCCGGGUCACUGUGCACAUUGCCGAAAUCAUUGCGCGCCAGCGGUAUAUCAUGCAGUUGUGUCGCGCGCUGAUGCGGUAUGGAGCGCCGACCCAUCGUCUCGAGGAGUACAUGCAAAUGACGGCGCGGGUGCUGGAGGUCUCCGGGCAGUUCUUGUAUCUGCCUGGAUGUAUGAUCAUGUCAUUUGAUGACCCGACAACCCGCACUGCGGAAGUCAAGCUCGUGCGAAUGGUGCAGGGUGUUGAUCUUGGCCGAUUGGCAGACACGCACAACGUCUACAAGAACGUCGUGCAUGACCUUAUAGGCGUUGAAGAGGCAACCCAUGAACUCGAUGAGAUCAUGCAGCGCAAGCCCCGUUUCAACAAAUGGGUUCUAGUCCUGAUGUACGGACUAGCCAGCUCAACAGUCGGACCAUUCGCAUUCCAAGCCCGCCCAAUCGACAUGCCCAUAAUCUUCUGUCUAGGCUGCAUAGUCGGCCUAAUGCAACACGUCCUCGCCCCCCGCUCAACCCUGUACUCCAACGUCUUCGAAGUGACAGCCGCAGUCCUAACCUCAUUCCUAGCCCGCGCACUAGGCAGCAUAAAAGUGAUGCGCAAUGGCGAAUCCGAAGAACUUUUCUGUUUCUCUGCAAUGGCCCAAUCCUCCAUCGCCCUCAUCCUCCCAGGCUUCAUGGUCCUCUGCAGCAGUCUAGAACUCCAAUCCCACCAAAUGAUCGCUGGCUCAAUCAGAAUGGUCUACGCAAUCAUCUACUCCCUCUUCCUCGGCUACGGCAUAACAGUCGGAACAACCAUCUACGGCCUCAUGGACGCAAAUGCCACAUCCCAAACAACCUGCACAGGCCUGGACGUCUACGGCUCCACAUACCUCCGCCAAUUCCCCUUCGUAGCCAUCUACGCCAUCUUCCUCGCCAUCGUCAACCACGGAAAAUGGAAGCAAAUGCCAGUAAUGGUCUUCAUUGCUGUGUCUGGCUAUAUAGCCAAUUACUUCAGCACAACCAAACUGGGCUCCCAGUCCGAAGUCGCAAACACUGUCGGCGCUUUUACAAUUGGUGUUCUGGGCAAUUUGUAUAGUCGCCUGUGGCAUGGUCAUGCAGCAACGGCUAUUCUACCCGGUAUCUUUGUCCUGGUUCCUUCUGGCCUUGCUUCCAGUGGAUCUUUGAUUGCAGGUGUUAAAUAUGCCGAUGAGGUUCGACAGAAUCUUGAAAAGAAUGGGACCAGUUCUUCUACUAGUGCGCUUUCGGAAACUUCUGUGGCUAGUUUGGGCUUUGGUAUGAUCCAGGUGGCUAUUGGUAUUACGGUUGGUUUGUUUAUUGCUGCUUUGGUGGUUUAUCCUUAUGGCAAGAAGAGGACUGGUUUGUUCAGCUUCUGA